AUGACGACCAAAAUACGGACUAUCCGGCACCGGCGAUCGAAUAGUGCCAAGUCAAGGUGCCAACAACGAAACCGACGGAAGACUCAGCUGUUUCUCAAGGCAUAUGAAUAUUGCCAGGAGUGCGACGCGGAUAUUUCCUUGACAAUUCGAUUGAGACAUAGCGGCGAGAUUGUCUAUUUCAAUUCAGACGGAGCCUGGUCGCCAUCAAAAGAGCAGCUAGCGACGUACUAUCCGAGGCCCAAACAGGUCACUUGGCAGGAGAUCGCUGCUCGAUAUAAUUCCUAA